GAGGAGGGGCGGCCCGGGCCGCCGCUCGGACCAUGGCAGCCCGCUGGACCACUCAGAAACAACCUGCUGACGCCCGGGAGGACGCAACGGGGCAAACGAGGCGCAGCAGCGGCAGCAUGGUCCCCUGGCCCGCCGCCGCGUAGAGCCUGUCCUUGCCCAGCUCCGUCCGUCCCUCCUUCCCUCCGUCCGUCCCUCCGUCCCUCCGCCCGCCCGUCGAUGGCUCAGGAGAAAAUGGAGCUGGACCUGGAGGGUCCGAGCGGCCCGGCCGCGGCCCCCGCCGACGGGGGCGGCCUCCGCAGAUCCAACAGCGCCCCGCUCAUCCACGGACUCAGUGAUAAUUCACAGGUGUUCCAGGCUGAUGUGUUGAGAACACGCAGGAACAGUACAACAGUUAUGAACCGUCACAGUCUGUUGUUGCCAUCAUCCCCUAUUCGUAUUCCUAGUAGUCGCCUUCAUCAAAUCAAGCAGGAAGAAGGAAUGGACUUGAUAAAUAGAGAAACAGUAUAUGAGCGAGAAGUGCAAACAGCGAUGCAAAUAAGCCAAUCAUGGGAAGAAAGUUUAAGCCUGAGUGACAAUGAUUUUGAGAAAUCAUCCUCUCCAAAGCGCAUUGAUUUCAUUCCAGUUUCCCCAGCACCGUCACCUACCAGGGGGAUUGGGAAGCAAUGUUUUUCACCAUCUUUACAAAGUUUUGUGAGUAGCAAUGGAUUGCCUCCAAGUCCUAUUCCCAGUCCAACAAGACGCUUUGCAACGAGAAGAAGCCAGAGUCCUAUCAAUUGCAUUAGACCAAGUGUUCUUGGACCAAUAAAAAGAAAAGGCGAAAUGGAAACUGAAGAUCAGCCAAAGAGAUUUUUCCAAGGCACCACCAAUGUGCUUUCUUCUGAUGCUGCACACCUGACAGAUCUUAAUGUGUGUCUGUCUUCAGAUACUCUUGAUGGCAACAGCAGCAGUGCUGGAUCUUCUUGUAAUUCACCAGCCAAAGUCAGCACGGCCACAGACUCUCCUGUGUCACCUUCUGAAUCUGGGUCUCCAUUUAUUCCAGUGGAUGAACUUUCAUCUAAGUGAUCCAUCCAUCUUGAGACUGGUGGUUUUUUUGUUUUUUUUUUUUUAUCAGUGGAGAGAAAAAUCAAACUGGAGCAAUAACAUAGAAUUGUGUCUAACAUUUGGCUAUUUCUUAUUUGAUCCUGUUCCUCUAAGGAAUUUCCUGAAAUAUUUUUUUUUUGUUGAACUUCUGCUACAAUUCCUGAGGAUGUGCUUAAAUACAACGUAAUCUUUUCAGAGACAUUUUCUAAAAAGGAGUAUGUUGAUUCUACAAACAUACAUCUUUAAGCUGCUAAUAUGUCUAUAUACAUAUAUUGUCCCUUGAUUUUUAUAAUUGAGAGCUCUAUUUAUUUAUGGGAAUAGUAAGUUUUGAUGGAGUGUAAUUGUUAAAUUAAUCUGCAAGGGAAACUGACAGUUUAAAUUAUACACCUUGUGCCCACACUUGUUUAAAGAUACUUUUGGUAAUCACUAGCCUCUACUUACAAAAGAAAUACUCUGCCUGCCUAUUACGAAUGAUUUUUUUUCAAAUAAGCUAAUCAUAACAGACCAGCCUAAUAAUUAUACUAUACGGGAAGCAUUUGGUAUUUAAUUUGCUCUUUUUGAGGAGAGGAUGGAUUAAAAGUAGGGGGAGAGGGGGAGGGAGAAACUAAGUGAGCAACAAGAAAGCAUACUUUGAUUUCCACUCCAGUUUUCAUUUUUAAUUCUGAUAUGUUUGUAUUGUAAUUUAUGCAGAAAACAGCUAGCGUUGUUUUAUACGUUUUCACAACUUACUCUCUAUAUGUAAUUAUUGCUGAUUUGAUUAAGAACAGAGUUAAUAUGUAUAGGAUUCUUUACCAGAAUCACACGCCCUCUUUUCCCAGUAACUGUAAAUAUUUUUUUAGAGUCCCAAACAUUUUGCUAUCAAUCAUUUUUAAAGGGUUUUUUAAAAAUAGGAAAAGGAUGCAAUAGCGAAGUAUUAAAUUUUAAAGUCUAAAGUAAGUGCUUUGAAUAACUGGGAUUAGUUAGGCUUUUUAAAAUAAAGCUAGAAAGGGAGCCUCAUGAAAUGAAUUAUGAUGAGAUGGAUUGAAAUAUGCACACUCAACUAUGAACUUUUAUUUGAAGGAAAGACUGAGACAGUGGAGUGUGAGGGGAAAUAAGGCUUUCUUCAUGGGGUAGAGAUUUCUGAUGCGGAAGCCUGAACAGCGUCUAACAGAAUGAAUUCCCUUAUUCUCUGCAUGAUAGAUGAUGGACGUGGGCAAGUUUUGCCAAUGCCUAGACUGAGCCAUUGGCACCAUCUAAUGGGGCUCCUUUCCUCUCAUAGUAUUAGACAAAAGACCCAGGGAGAAGGGGAAGGAGUUCUUGUGGAAAAUACUUACUUGCAGUUUUGUAGCUUGCCAUAUUGUGUAUAUAGAGAGAAGGGUCUUCCUUCAACAAUGCAUUUGGUGAAAUAUUUUGGUGAAGCUAAAGUUCAAAACACAAAAACGAACUAAGUGGCCAUAGUCAGGCUCUCUGUUGAUCUUGACUACCAAAAUAUACUUUUAAAACAAAAUUCAGACAAUCUUCCACUCUUAUUAGUCUAGAUGAAUCAGUUAUAUGCUAUUAUACCAUAACAUAACUCACUGCAGUUUGCUGUGUGGGCCAUUUGAAUACACUUGUUGGCUUUUGUUUUAACUGUUGCCUUUUGAGCUUGUGCAAUGGAAGUAUUCUUUUCCAAGACACCUUCCCUCUCCACCGAUGUUUUGACCGAAAGGAUUGUUUAACAUUGUACAUGCUUGUUCUUUUGAAUUUGGUAAGGCUGCAUUAUUAUCUUAAACAUGCCGAAAGAUCAGUCGUGUCACUAUCAUAGGGAAGGCUAUUUUGACUUUUGAUUUUGAUGUCUCAUUUUUUUCUUUAAUGAGUCUGUUUAGAAAGAGGCAAGAACAAGAGCUAGUUGUAAUAUCUGUACGUGUUUGUGUCUGCCUUUUAUAUUUAUGCUGGUUUUAAAAUACCAAUAAAGUGAAAAGUUAAAGGGAGACGUA